AGUAUAGAAAAACAGUCUUGAAAAUGUUGUCCAGACUCUUUCGAAUGCAUGGCCUUUUUGUAGCCUCUCACCCAUGGGAAGUCAUUGUGGGAACAGUGACUCUCACCAUCUGUAUGAUGUCCAUGAAGAUGUUCACUGGGAAUGAUAAGAUCUGUGGCUGGAAUUAUGAGUGCCCGAAACUUAUGAGUGCCAGACUUGAAGAAAAUGUUCUGAGCAGUGACGUCAUCAUCCUGACAAUCACGCGCUGUAUAGCAAUCCUUUAUAUAUAUUUCCAGUUUCAGAACCUAAGGCAGCUUGGAUCAAAAUACAUUUUAGGUAUUGCUGGCCUCUUCACAAUCUUCUCAAGUUUUGUUUUUAGUACAGUGGUAAUUCACUUCUUGGAUAAAGAAUUGACAGGUUUAAAUGAAGCUUUACCAUUCUUCCUGCUUCUGAUUGAUCUUUCAAGAGCAAGUGCAUUAGCCAAAUUUGCGCUCAGUUCCAACUCACAGGAUGAAGUAAGAGAAAAUAUUUCACGUGGAAUGGCAAUUUUAGGCCCUACGUUUACACUGGAUGCACUUGUGGAAUGUCUUGUGAUUGGUGUUGGUACUAUGUCAGGUGUACGACAACUUGAAAUUAUGU